AUUAAGUUACCUUUAUUUUUCAAAAAUAAUUUUACAUAAACCAGAAAACUUUUCUUAAUACCCUUGUCUUUUAUCAAUGUGUAACUAUAUUGAAGUCCAAAACAAAAAUAAAAUAAAAAAUUUGACGGUGGCAAUAUAAAACAUAAAAAAGAGAAUGAGUUUUUAGUAUUAAUAAUAGAUAGUUCGAUAAAUAAGGCGAGGAACAAAAAUGAAACUAACAUCGAUUGACUUAUAUAUUUUUUUGGAAAAAUCAAAACCAACAUACCCAAUGUCUCUAAUCAACGUUUUGACUAUAACUCUUAACAUAAUUGAAUGAUUUCAUCAGGUAAGACUUAUGAGGAUAAAAAAAAUGUUAAAUUUAUUAAGAACUACAAAAUUAUAUUCACUCAAGUAUAUUUAAAAACAGGAAUGAGAUUAAGUGCUAACCUUUAAGGAAUUAGCACCGUACUAACUUAGUCUUCAGCCAGCCAUUAGAUGUAAAGUUAAUCAUACGGUUAAGAUUUGACAAACGUUAAUUUGGUCAAAAUGAACACCACUAACUAAUAUACAAUAUUGGCCGCUUCUCCUUUGGAUCCGCCCACUUGCCCACUUAUCUUUCACAAACUCUCUCCACCGUGUUCUCUCUUUCUUCCCCGAUCGGCAACAUGGUAACGGAGGAGGUAGGCGGCAUGUUCUUUGUCUUUCUUCCCUCCCUCUUCUCACGAGCGCCCUAAAGUGAUAUAGAGGGUCAAUGGCGAUGGAGGAGGGAGUCUGCGACGAGAGAAUAAGAGUUGCCUAUGAUGAUGACGGAGGUGGCAAGCAGCGGUGAUGGCUUGUGAGAUGUGGGUCGCCGGUUAAAUCACCAGAUUGGAAGCGGACCUUUGUUUCACCAUCACCACCAACAACGAGGAGGAAGGUCCGAUUCCGGAUCUGUUCCAAGGGUAAACUAGAUCCGCCAUAUUAUCCAGCGAUGAUGAGGCAAAAAAGUUGUGGAAACCAAAUUCUGUGCACUUAGGGACAUCAUUGAUGACGACCUGCAGGGUAACGGAGUGGAAGGGAAAGGUGAAUUGUAUUGAUUAGUAGGAUUUUUGUAGUAGUGUUUUGUAUGUUGUUUUUUAUAAUAUACUAGUGUUUUUGUAGGGCGGAUUCUGUAGUGUCGUGGCGGCACUGAUGCAGUCAGCUUUUAAGCCGUUAGAUUUAUUUAUAGUAUUUAAUCAGGAUCAUUGAUAUUAAUCCUCGCUUAACCAUCGUGUUUUAUAUUUAAAUCCUUUUAUGAUAAUUAUUAUAUAUACUUAAUACUGAAACGGCACGGAACGAAAAGCUUGUUUAUUAGUAGUUACAAAAAAAAAAAAAAAAAUCUUUACUGUGUAUGUGUUGCUUCUUGUUCCCAAAAAAUUCCUGCCCCUGCCGAACACUUUGCCUUCUCUGAAAAACGAAGAGUAUAGUCUCUGUCUCUUAAUCGCCGGCGGGAAUGGGUAGGGUUGACCUAGAUAUGUAUCAUCAUCCUGUCGCCCUUCAUUUUGAGGGAGAUUUCAAAUGAGGGGUCGGGUUCUGGGUGGUGAUGGCCGACCAGCGGCAAGGACAAUGAGUCGAUGAUGGUGAUGGAGUUGGCACAACGGAGACGAUAAUGGGGAUGACGGGCGGAGGCAACGAGGCUGACUACGGUGGUGAAUUUGACUACCGGGCCGGGAUUCGUGAUCUGGGUGGUGAUGGCCGAUCGACGACGACGACGACGUUGAUUGUGGAUUGCCGCCGCAGAAUUGGUGACGAUGAGCAGACGGUGACAAUGGGACAGAUAAAAGUGGUGAUUUUUAAACUGACAAAGUUCUGGAUUUUGAUGUUGAUGGUCGAUCUACGAUAACAACAAGGAUGGUGGUUUGCCGGUGAGACUUGACGGAGUCGGUGGCCUUGGAAGUUGGAAGCACCAAGAAAAGAGAAAAGGAGGGGAUGAGAAUGCAACGCUGCUUUCUUUUCUUUUUUGACUUUUUUUUAUUUAUGCUUUAUUAAUUAAAUCACCUAAACCAACCCAGUAAAUCACAAUCCCAAACGUGUUAACCGGUCCAAAGAAUAUGACGGCACCAAUCCCGCUGCGGCACCACAGAAUUCCCGGUUUUGUAGUUGUAGACAUUUUCUAGUAAUGUAAUACUAGUUAUUCUUACCAGAAUGAGUAUUCUUUUUUUAAUUAGUAGCAGUUUUUGCACUAUUGUAGUAGUUUUUUCCGUUUGUGGUAAUGUUUUUAUUGUAUUUGGUUGUGAUUCACAAUAAAAAAAAUCUUAAAUCACUACUACUUUAAAGUGGACUAAAUCACUACUAAUGACAUAAAAUCAAUACACAAAAUCGUAAAAUUACUACAAUAAACCAUCAAAUCAAUAGUAAUUCAAACAGUAACGGUUGUAUAUAAUGUGGAGCAGUACUAUUCUCUCGUUGGAGGUUUCUAAUAGAGAGAGAAUAUAGAGAUUUUAAUUUAGUUAAUAAUUAUAAUUUUCUAAAUACCUAACAGACCCCUUGCAAUUUUCUACCGUUAAAUUAGAUUUAAAUAAUAGAUGGUGAUUAUAAUAGUUAGUAUGGUGCUAACUCCUAUGAGGUUAGCACCCUAUCUCCUCCCUUUAAAAACAAAAACAAAAAUUACACCAUCAAUAAUGUCUUCAAACUCAUGGAAGUAACAUGUGUCAUUUUAAAUAGUAUAGAACUGUAUCAGGAUAAUAUUAAAAUAUAAGAAACGAUGUAAAAAAUAUCAUGUUGAUAUGUUUCCAUAACAUAAUAGUAUAGUUACAUCUCACGUAUACCAUCAAGUCGGUAUUAUGAAUAACUAACUAUGUAGCCUAAACCAUUAAAUACAUUGUUAAAUA